UGCAGCCUUGCCUAUGUCUUCACUUAGCCCAUCUUAGUUUUCCCUGAAGCCUCUCUGAGAUGGAAUUAGUGCUGCUAUCAUUUUAAGGCAGCAAGACAUCUUCCAGAAGAACAACUCUAAAUUCCAUCCAUCCUAUUGAAGUCAAUUGCCUAGCAAAGGCAUGAAUACAGAAAACUUAGAGACUCAGCUCUGCAUGUUUUAUCUCUUUUGGAUUUCCAAGUGAGAAUGAAUAAUCACCGGAAAGUCUGGAGUUACUACUGAUUAUAAUACAGUGAUUUUUUUUUUCUGUCUCCUAUGAUCUUUAAAACUUCAGUUAGUGUGAACUUUGACUUACAUAGCUCUUUAAGAAUUUUACAAUGUCAGCUGUGAAGCUUGAACUGGAUUAUCUUUCUCCUGAAGGCUUCAGACAUGAGCAUGCUUCCAACCCAGAAUUUACUUUAACCUGUUUGACUGAACUCUCUGAGGAUUCUAGUCAAUUCGAACUUCAACACUCCAAUUCUGUCCCCACUGGCUUGCGAAAGUUGUGCUCAUCUCAUUGUGAGCUUGAGAAGAGUGUGUGGGCUGCCAAAGGCAAACACAGUGAAGGUAUGAAUGUAAGCAAGAGUGAGAUAACAAAAGAAACUUCGUUAAAACCGUCCCGGAGAUCCCUGCCUUGCCUUGCCCAGAGCUAUGCCUACUCAAAGAGUUUGAGCCAAUCCACCUCUCUCUUCCAGUCAACGGAGAGUGAAUCUCAGGCUCCCACUUCUGUGACCUUAAUCUCCGCUGACAAAGCAGAGCAAGUUAAUGCUGAGGAGGAUAACAAAGACUCUGUGCUCAAAUGCUCUUUCGCUGACCUCAGUGACUUUUGCUUGGCCCUAGGAAAAGAUAAGGAUUACAUGGAUGAAUCAGAACAUGCUAAUUAUGACCGAUCUCGGCUUAUUAAAGACUUUGUUCCCAAAGAUAAUUCUGAAUCCAAGGCAAAAUUGUCUAAGAAUGACAUGAAUUACAUAGCAUCCAGUGGACUUCUAUUCAAAGAUGGCAAAAAACGGAUUGAUUACAUCCUGGUGUAUAGAAAGUCAAAUAUACAAUAUGACAAAAGAAACACAUUUGAAAAGAACCUCAGAGCCGAAGGCCUGAUGUUGGAAAAGGAGCCAGCUGUUGCAAACCCUGAUAUCAUGUUUAUUAAAAUUCAUAUUCCAUGGGACACGCUGUGCAAGUAUGCAGAGAGGCUGAAUAUCAGGAUGCCCUUCAGGAAAAAAUGCUAUUACACUGACCGGAGCAGCAAAUCAAUGGGCAGUGUGCAAAAUUAUUUUAGAAGGAUAAAAAAAUGGAUGUCCCAAAACCCAAUGGUUCUCGACAAGUCAGCUUUUCCACACCUGGAGGAAUCAGACUGCUAUACAGGCCCCUUCAGCCGUGCACGGAUUCACCACUUCAUAAUAAACAAUAAGGACACAUUCUUCAGUAAUGCUACUCGAAGCAGGAUAGUCUAUCACAUGCUACAGCACACCAAAUAUGAAAAUGGAAUAUCAAAAGUGGGUAUCUGUAAACUUAUAAAUAAUGGCUCAUAUAUAGCAGCUUUUCCUCCACAUGAGGGAGCCUACAAGAGUAGCCAACCCAUCAAAACGCAUGGACCUCAGAAUAAUAGGCAUCUAUUAUAUGAGCGCUGGGCACGCUGGGGAAUGUGGUAUAAGCAUCAGCCCUUGGAUUUAAUCAGGCUAUACUUUGGUGAGAAGAUUGGGCUAUACUUUGCUUGGCUGGGAUGGUAUACUGGAAUGCUGAUUCCUGCAGCACUUGUUGGCUUGUGUGUUUUUUUCUAUGGGAUAUUUACAAUGAAUGCAAGUCAAGUAAGCCAAGAAAUUUGCAAGGCCACUGAAGUCUUCAUGUGCCCUCUCUGUGACAAGAACUGCUCACUGCAGAGACUCAAUGAAAGCUGUAUCUAUGCCAAGGUGACAUAUUUGUUUGAUAAUGGAGGAACGGUCUUCUUUGCUAUUUUUAUGGCAAUAUGGGCCACAGUCUUCUUGGAAUUUUGGAAAAGGAGAAGAAGUACACUGACCUAUACUUGGGACCUUAUUGAAUGGGAAGAAGAGGAGGAAACACUUCGUCCCCAGUUUGAAGCCAAGUAUUAUAAGAUGGAGAGAGUGAAUCCCAUUAGUGGGAAACCUGAGCCACAUCAGCCUUCCUCAGACAAAGUCACUCGUCUUCUUGUUUCUAUCUCAGGAAUAUUCUUCAUGAUUUCUUUGGUGAUCACUGCAGUGUUUGCUGUUGUCGUGUAUCGCCUGGUUGUCAUGGAACAGUUUGCAUCAUUCAAGUGGAAUUUCAUCAAACAACACUGGCAAUUUGCAACAUCAGCUGCUGCUGUCUGUAUCAAUUUUGUAAUCAUUAUGGCACUGAAUCUUGCUUACGAAAAAAUUGCUUACCUUCUCACCAACUUAGAAUAUCCUCGAACAGAAUCUGAGUGGGAAAACAGCUUUGCUUUGAAGAUGUUCCUUUUCCAGUUUGUUAAUUUAAAUAGUUCUAUCUUCUAUAUUGCUUUCUUUUUGGGGAGAUUUGUAGGCCACCCAGGAAAUUACAAUAAACUUUUUAACCGGUGGAGACUGGAGGAAUGUCAUCCCAGUGGCUGUUUGAUAGACCUCUGCCUCCAGAUGGGAGUGAUCAUGUUUUUGAAGCAAAUAUGGAACAACUUCAUGGAACUAGGAUACCCGUUGAUCCAGAACUGGUGGUCACGACAUAAAAUCAAGCGAGGAGUACAAGAUGCUUCCAUACCUCAGUGGGAAAAUGAUUGGAAUCUGCAGCCCAUGAAUAUUCAUGGACUUAUGGAUGAGUAUUUAGAAAUGGUUUUGCAGUUUGGUUUUACCACCAUCUUUGUUGCGGCUUUUCCUCUGGCCCCUCUUUUGGCCUUAUUAAACAAUAUCAUUGAGAUCAGGCUGGAUGCCUACAAAUUUGUCACCCAGUGGCGGAGGCCUCUGCCGGCUCGAGCAACUGACAUAGGUAUCUGGUAUGGAAUUCUUGAAGGAAUUGGUAUAUUGGCUGUUAUCACCAAUGCGUUUGUAAUUGCUAUUACAUCUGAUUACAUCCCACGUUUUGUCUAUGAAUACAAAUAUGGCCCCUGUGCAAGUCGUUUUGAAUAUGGUGAAAAUUGUUUAAAGGGAUAUGUCAACAACAGCCUAUCCUUCUUUGACCUGAGUGAGCUUGGUGUGGGAAAAUCUGGUUAUUGCAGGUACCGGGACUACAGAGGUCCCCCGUGGAGUUCUAAACCCUAUGAGUUCACCUUACAAUACUGGCAUAUCCUCGCUGCACGAUUGGCCUUCAUUAUUGUGUUUGAGCACCUUGUUUUUGGGAUCAAGUCAUUCAUCGCAUACCUGAUUCCGGAUGUACCAAAGAACCUGUAUGACCGAAUACGACGGGAGAAGUACUUGGUCCAAGAGAUGAUGUAUGAGGCUGAACUAGAACAUUUGCAACAACAACGGAGAAAAAGUGGUCAUCCUGUUCACCAUGAAUGGCCUUAGUUAAUACCUGAGGGGCAGUACCAAUGGUGGGAAUGAUAGCAACCUUAAAUUCUAGGGGGGAUCCAGGAGGAAGGCAUACCUGGCAAACCAUACAUAUGAUAUGUUACUUGGAAAUGCAUCACAGCCAUCUCUGAGAUUUGGAAUAUCCAGGCUUCUAGGGAAGAAAAAAAAAUGACUCAUGACAUCUAAAUGGUUAGACUGACAUUGCAGGAAGCCGGGAUCUAAUUCUCAGAACCAGCCUCAGGGAGUUGUGUGUUUGGAGACCUCUACCUUCCAUCAGCUGCAGUGUGAUAGGAAGGGUGAUGGUGAGGUUUCUAGCAACAGUUUUCCAUGUAAACGUUCAUAAGCCAGGCAUGCUUACAGUAUCACCUGCUCUUCAGUCACAUACUAAUCUGACUUUGGAAACUUAGGUGAGUUGAGAUACUUAUAAGAAAUGACUUACAUCAGUUAUUGCCUUUGCUGCCAGAAUUCCAUGUCCCUUCAGCUUAUAAGUUUGGGGAAUUUUUUUUCUGAGUUUAUGGAUCUGUGCUACAAGGAAUUUAUGCUGCUUUACAUUGACUAUGCAGUCGAAGAGUUGCACACCUUUAGUAGUCAAACCAAAAAUCUAAGAUUCUAAAAAGAAUAUCAUUCACUGAAACAUACUCUAUUGCAUUGGCUACAUUCAAAUGUUGCUACAUUCAAAUGUGUUGUAUCACUGACAGAACAAGUUUCACUGCCUUUUUUUAAAAUUAAAUUUCAGUAGAGCCACAUACUUAUAAAAUAUGGGUGUUUAUUCUCAUAUCAUUUAGAAUACCACUCAUCCAUAUUUUACCGUGGAGGGCUGUUUUAUAGUAUGUUUAAUUUUUUCCUCCCUAGUUUAUUAUAACAACUCUCACAGAAUAACAGAAUAACUUGAAAUGCUGUAAAUAUGUUGGUUUUCCUUGUAUUUUUGCACCUUGGCAAUAUGUAAUGCAAGUUACAUUUUGUGCAGCUCUGAGAUCAGUUACAUGGUAUGCCAUCGUGACUUAUUUAUUCAGGAAAUCAGAAGCCAGAUGCUUUGCAACACGUUAAGCUUUUCUAACAAUGUGCACUUUUGUUCAUGAGCUAAUGAAAACAAUGCAUGAAUAUAAAUUUAUAUUAUUUGUAAAUACACACACAUGUAUUUUUUGUUUUAUUUCCUUUUCAUCAGUAAAGGAGUUUUCUGUUACUGUUUCUUUGAUAGAUUGAUUUGGUUGAUUUUUGAAAACUCUCUAAAACGAAGAUCAAAUCAACAAUGACAGACAUGGUUUUGCUUUGUUGUGGAGUUGCUAUUUCGGUGUCAACUCUGUGAGUGUUAUUGUUCACAGACAGAUGCAAUGGGAAUGAUGAAACCUCAAGUAACAAAAGUCUGGCGGAGGUGUAAGCUCUGGGAGCAGGUGGGGAAGAAAGAGGAGAGUUGAAGUAAGGGAAUGUGUGGGAGAAAUCAAGACACCUUUCCUUGCGAAAAAAAUCAAAAUUGAUCUCAAUCUUCCUCCCCUGGGAAUGGGGUGACGAAUUACAUACUCACACAUUUAUAUACAUAUAUAUAGUCAUAUAUAUGUAUUGUGUGAUUAUUAUUUGUCCAAUUAGGGUUUUUUUCCAAUUAAAAAUUUUCCAAUUUUUUCCCAAUAAAAUUUUCCAGUUUUUUCUGAUUGCUUUCCAAAUAAAGCACGGCUGUUUCCAAAAUGUAUAAAGACCAGAUUAAAGACAAUGGAAAUAAAGCUGCUUUGUAUAUAUGCUAGAGUAUCUCUAGUAAGAAAAUUAUAAAGUUUCUCUUACUGGAAAACUAUUUGCUAUCAUUCUAACCCUGAAAAUGUUUUUUUGUUUUUUGGGUUUUUUUUUUUUUUUUUUUACUUUUUCUUCUUUUAUUCCAGGAAAAAGCUGACAGAUUAUAGUUGUUCAUUGGUUUGUUCUUGUCAAAAAUGAACACUUCCCCACUUGCCCUCUGAUUCUGGGCAAAAGGAAGGACCCCAGACUCUAAACUUCCCUCCCAAGCCCUUGUUGCCAAGGACUCUUACAUUCAGAUUCCUUGGGGGUUCUGUUUCUGCCACCUGCUAAUCAUAACAACUAGUUCCACUAACUGCACAAAGGAGUUUUAAACUCCUCCAUGUUUGUAGUAUCUGCAGCAUUUCCUUUUAUUUUGUUAGUUGAAUGUAUACCAUGCCUGAGGAUAAAUGUUCUGUAUGCCUAUUGAAGACAUAAAUGAACCUGACACUUAUGUCUUUCCCAAAUUAGGGACACAAGACAAAAAUAUUUGUCUUACUGUAGAGCAAAGAAUAGUGGUAGUCAUGCCCUUGAGAAUUCUUUCUGCUCUUUCUGAGUUAUUUUUAUACUACCACCAUCAGUGUUUAAAAUCGUAUUGAUUGCCUAGAGAGAAAGAAAAUGAAAAGAGAAAGGCAUUUUCAAUAAAAAAUUAUAAUACAUUGAUUUAGGAAUUGCUGCCUUUGGUAAUUUUCGAGACGAAUAGAAAAUGAGAGAAUCACCGAAAAAGUUACCUGAAAUCCUCCUUUUGUGACACAAUGCAGUAGAAACUAGCUAUGCUUUUAUGGUUGUUGACAGCAAAAUAUUGACAGCCCCUCACAGUAUGUGAGUUUUAAGUCACUCUGCUUUCGUUGAGAGACAUGUUUUAUAUCAUGGUUUUCAUAGGAAUACAAAUUAUUUCACAAAGAUUUAUAUAGCACACACUAUUCUCAGGAAUUCUGUAUUACAUGAAUGCUGCUUAUCUAUUUUCAUAUUCUAAAUCGUUGUCUUUUCAAGCAAAUGACUAACAUAUAUGUGCAUGCAGUCUGCCUUGACAAGUUGUUCAAAGCUGAAGCACUUUUCCAGUCCAGUGUGUGAAAAAUUUAUCGAGACUAUAGCUGAAAUAGUUUGCAGUUGUCUGAGUCUGUGCACGCACUUUUCGAUAAAAUGCUGCUGAGUGAAUGCAUGAUGAAAUACAACUUCUGAACGCUGCACUUUCUUCCAGAAUGGCUGUUAGCACAAUCUGUUUUAGAAUGGAAUGGAAAGGAACCUCUUUCACUCAAUAAAUUGUGUGAUACGGUAUUUUUCCUAUAAUUUGCAUGUUCAAUUUAAUCCUGCUUGCUUUUUCACUAUAAGUUGGAGUGUGUUUGGGGAGAAGGGAUUGCUCAUUCUUUAGCUCUGAAGGCAAUAGUUUCCUAUUCUUGCAAACCCUUGUUACACUCUUAAAAAGUUUUGGCUAUUUGUUCUCUGAUAAGCUCAUUGUCAUCAUCAAGGCAUUUGCACAUGAAAAGUACAGAUGGAAUCCCGUACUGAUUCUAAUAAUGCUUUGUUCUAGAAACAGAGGGGAGAGGAAGGUUGAUUUGUUCUUAUGAAAGCAGUAAAUGUUUUUCACACAGAAGCAUUUUCUUUUUUUCACACUUGGGCUGACUCCACCAAUCACCAUCAAAAUCUCCUUAGGAUAGGAAUUUUAGCACAGAUAAAGUUCAUGCCAAGAAAGGAGGACAUACAGGGACAGUGUAGCCAACUGGAAACAAUAGGCUACCAAAUUGCCCAUGUUCUCUCAACUUGAUGCUCAAAAUUGAAAAUUUAGGUUGCCUGAAGAGUUGUGUAACUAAUAUGGUUGAGCUGAUAAGUUUGUCAAUCGGAGGCAGGUAAACAUAGGCCCAGGGUAUGGUGUGUGUGCUUGUGUGUGUGUUUGUGUGUGUGUGUGGGGGGGGGGGGGUGCACGUAUGCAUACUUACUCUCUGAGAUAUGCCCAGCUCAGUCCUACUAUGGUCAUAAGGUAUUUCCACUACAUUUUCCCCCAAAUCACUAUAUUAUAACAGGUUUUAGGAAUAAUUGUAGAUUUCAUCCAGAGAAUAAGUCAUCAUCUUAUUCUUUCUGGUAUUUUCAGUCACUUAGGAGAGAACGUUUUAGGAAUGGCCUAAAAAACCCGGCUUUUGAUAGAAAUGUGUGAAUUUCUCUACAGGCAUUGCUAUUCAAAUUGAAAUGUGCCAAGAGUUGUCUAACUGGAAGAUUGAUUUAGCUUUAGCUAGAAUCAUUGGUCAGACGAGGUUCCUACUACCUAAGAUGUAUGCAUUUGCAAUGGUGAUGUCUUCAAUGGAACUUGCCAUCUGGAUUCAUCUGAAAAACUACAUCCACAACCACAUUUGAUGGUUUUCUUUCUAGAAAACACAAGUAUUAUAGCCACUAUGUUCUAGCAACAUCCACAUUAAGGCAUCUUUUUUUUCAGGAAAGGAAAAUGAAAGCAGAUACGUUGAUAAAAAAAGAGACUCGUAUUUAGGAUAAAAUCCAAUUUCUUGUAUAAUCAAAAUCUACUCUCAGGGAGAAGCAGCUUAUCCAUCGAAUCUCACUGUUUUAAAUGAUGAUCCCACUUUGUGCCCCAGCAGGAUUCUCCCUAAAUAAACCUGGUUCUACAUCCAGCUGGCUCCAAGUGAGUCUUGAGUACAUGAGAGAGUAAACUGUGUGGAUGCUGUGUUACAUCUUUCUUUAAGAAAGAAGGGGUCAAAUUUCCAGACAUAUGCCUAUAUUGACUUCCUCAGAAUAUUUAUUUCCAUCUUAAUUCUCUCUGUGUGUGGAAAAAGCAGUUUCUCUGCUUUCCGUUUUUCAGGAGGGAAAACUUCCUAAAUUAUUAGUUGAAAAACAAAAUUUAAUGAUACCUAUUAAAUGGUCCCCACAAAAUAUAACUGUUAUAUAUAUGGAUGGCUAACCCCAUGUGGUAUUCACACUGCCUCAAAUGCUUUAUAAUUAUUUUGUCAGUGUCCAUGCCACUCAACAUUACCAGGUGAAUAUAGUCGGCCUAAUUUAUUUUUUAAAUGAUUAUUUUUUUAAAUAAUCUCUAUGCCUUACAUGAGGCUUGAACUCACAACCCUGAGAUCAAGAGCCACGCCCUCUACUGACUCAGCCAGCCAGGUGCCCCCACAUCAGGCUAAAUCUAAUCUUUCUAACAAAUAGUAUGAGCCAGACUUUCCCCACUUUUCAUUAAGUGAGAAUAGGGGGAUUGAGUGGCCAGAAAAAUCUGAUGGCAAAGAUAAUUGUGGAAGCAAUGUUUGGGGUAUGGUUGAGGGGAUGUAGAGACUUUCCUACCUAAGCAAAAGUGCCUGCUUUGCAGGUCUUAUUUCAGCUUUUUCUGUGCACAUACCCUGACUUCUUUCUGACUGAAAACCAACCACAGUUUCAUCCAUUCUGUAAAAUUCAGAAGAAAUGAAGUUUUUUCCCAUUAUUUUUUUUCUUUAUCUAUUUUAAGAUUACAAAGCUAAAUAUGGUAAGCUUAGAUUUCAGUGACAAGUCUAGCCAAAGAAUAAAAGUCUCAGAAUAAAAGCUGAAGAUUAAAAAUGCACUUAAAAAUAUAUGCAAUUUUAUCUUUCUAAGAUGUGUGGCUAUUGGCAUCAAUAUUGUGUUUUUCAUCUAGGAAGCAGCUAGUGGAGUCCUUUAAUUGAAGAGGAAGUUUGGGGAAGAGACAGUGGUUUCUCCAACCAUUUUUAUUCUUACGUGGAUUAUUAAUUACGAAGGAUCAUUAAAGAUUCCUUCUAAACUCUCGUAAGAAGUUGUAAUGCCAAUUUAAGGAAGAUUUGCUCCUUUGAAAUAGAUUGACUCCAUUUUUCAGGUUACCAUUCUUGGAAGGUACAUAAACCUUUAUUAUGUAGAUUCCAAAUCAGUCAAUGACAUUGGCUCUACAAAUUCUGCUGACUGUCUUACGCUGUUACAAAUAAGCAAUUUGUGAAUUGCUCAUUUAUUUUCUUACAUGGCAGUUACAUUAGGGCAUUGAAUCAAUAUACUACAUGAAAUUAUUUUUUAGCUUUUAAAUAUGUCAAAGCAGAUUCUGUAAUGAGGAACUGGAUGUUCAGAACAUCUGUAUAUACACAAUUGCUUUAACAUUUUUUAAAAACAGAUGAAUGGUUGUUUCUGGGAAUUCCUAAGGACAAAAAAGCCAAAGUCUAUAAAAGACAUCACCAUUAUAUAUUGGUUUUCUUAAUUUAUAGUAACCUAUUAUAUUAAGUCAUAAAAUCCUUCUCAUGGUUACUUCCGAGACAGUGUGUGUGUUUGUGUGUGUGUGUGUGUGUGUGUGUGUGUGUCCCCAAGCCUUUGGGCAGCCCAAAUAUUAUAGAUAUUAUCCAAAAUAUGUAAAAGAAGUCAUGUUAAUAUAGUAUGUCAAGUCUUAUUUUGAUGUAUGAUUACUUGGUGACUUGGUAGACCUGCCUUAAUCUAUUAGGUUUAUAUAAAAGAUUUUCGAGUGGAUAACUAUUUGCAUCCCACUCCUAACCCUGUAGAAAAUAUUCACAUUGAUCAUUUAAAUACACUUCAAUCUGAACUUACUUUUAAAAACAAAUAAUUAAAAUAGUUAUGUAUCUUAUAUAUACUCAUUCUAAAGACAUUUUACUUAAAAUUGAGUAGUUGUAUAAAUACAGCACUAAAUUUAGAAGUAUUUCAUAGCUGUAUGAAAAAAGACACACAAAUUUUGAAAAUAGAAAAAAAUAAUUUUAAAUUUCCCACUAAUAUACAGAAAUAUUAACAACUAACAUUUCCAUGAUACAGUAGGAUUAUUUUUCUAAUUUGUCAUGAGAGUAUAAUGAGAGAGGCACCAAUAUCUUCUCACACCCCAAGUAAGGGCCAUGUUCUGAUUAAAUAGCCAAAUAUUUGUAUAUUUAACUCUGUCUUCUGAAGAUAGCCGAUAUUUCAAACACCAGGAGUGCAAUAAUAGAAAAGGGGGCUUAUGAGUGCUUGUUACUCACAUAGGCAUUUGCAAAUCUAGAUUGGUAUGGUCAGGAGAUUGGAAUGGAAAUAACAGCAUUAACUCUUUCCAAGAAUUACAAAUAAAAAUAACCCAUUAGAUGAUUAUCAAUUAUGAAUUACACUUGAUUAAAAUUUUGUUUCCUUUUAAUAUCAUUGGUAAUAUCAGUUAAAUUUUAGUUGUUUGGAAAUAGAUUAUACUUCAAGGUUAUUAAUGUUAGAUAAAAGAGGUAACUUUACAGUAAACCCAGCUACCUUACAAUACUGAGAUUGAGCACAUGAAAUUUCUGAAUAUACAAAUGUAUACAUAGAGAGCUAAAAUGUCUGUAGCAUUUUAAAACAACUUAUUUCUAAGAACAAUUUAAAAGGAGAUUGCUCUACUUUUUUUUCUAUUUACUGAUCUGAUCUUUGUAAUAAUGUUUAAGUAAGAUUGUAAUACCAUAAAGAUUUGAAAUAUUGUUUGCAA